AUGAUCGCGGUCGCCUCCGUCAUGCUGCACGUUGGCAUCUCGAUGCGCAGCCAGAACGUCGUCUUUGCCGCCAACCAAGACUCGAGCGUGAGCUUCCGGCCGCCGAGCCCGUCGUUCAACGCGCUCGCGAGCGACCAAGGCGCGCUCUGGACCUUUGACCACGUGCAGAACACCAUCAAGUCGGAGCUCACGGGCCUCUGUCUCGACGCGUAUCGCGGCUCCAACGGCGCGCCCGUCCACACCUACUCGUGCAGUCUCUCCAACGGCAACCAGCAGUGGCAGUACGACCCGUCGAGCAAGGCCAUCAAGCACAUGAUCCACAAAGGCUUCUGCCUCGACAUGGACCUCGGGUCCAAGAAGGCGCAGCUGUGGCAGUGCAGCGGCGGCGCGUCCCAGCAAUUUGGCUAUGAAAAGUAAACGAUCGCUUGCGUCGCAUUUUUAAACUAUCUAAUUUGAGCUCUAAUUUGAAC